ANACAAUGAGGGAGAGGAGAGGCUAAGCUAUCAUCCAAAAUCUAAUCCUCUCUCUUUCUCCACCCCACAAUCACACCCCCAACAAAAUUCUCCAAGGCCAUAAACUUACCAAUAUCCCCCCAUUUAAUCAUUUUCCUCAAUUUUUGCUAAAUCCCAAGAGCCAAACAACCACAAAAACAUCAAAUAGCUUCUUACUUAAUUAACUCAUCCAGCCUCUGCUUAAGCGGCAGCGCUGUGUAGCUUGAUUUCUGCUCAUACAAAAAUGGCUUCUGCUGCUCUUUCAUCUCCCCAGGUGGGCUGCAGCAAGGGGUUGUUUGAGUUUUCUGGUCUCCGCAGCUCGCCAUCGCUUCUCCCUUUCUCCAGGAAAUCGAACGAGGACUUCCUUUCCAUUGUUUCCUUCCAAACUUGUGCUAUUGGUGGGAAGAAAAAGCAGAGAGGUGUGGUAAAGGCAGAGCUGAAGGUGGCGAUCAAUGGGUUCGGAAGGAUCGGUCGCAACUUCCUGCGGUGCUGGCAUGGGCGCAAGGGCUCCCCACUCGACGUUAUUGCCAUCAACGACACUGGAGGCGUGAAGCAGGCCUCUCACCUCCUCAAAUACGAUUCCACUCUCGGAAUCUUCGAAGCCGACGUCAAGCCCGUCGGCACUGACGGCAUCUCCGUCGACGGCAAGCUCAUCCAGGUCGUCUCCGACCGCAACCCGGCCAACCUCCCCUGGAAGGAGUUGGGCGUCGAUCUCGUGAUCGAGGGGACUGGGGUUUUUGUGGACAGAGAUGGUGCAGGGAAGCACAUUGAGGCCGGGGCCAAGAAGGUUCUCAUCACGGCCCCCGGGAAAGGUGACAUCCCCACGUACGUCGUGGGCGUGAACGCAGACGAUUACAACCCGGACGAGCCCAUCAUCAGCAACGCCUCUUGCACCACAAACUGCCUCGCCCCUUUCGUCAAGGUCCUCGACCAGAAAUUCGGCAUCAUCAAAGGGACGAUGACGACAACCCACUCCUACACGGGGGACCAGAGGCUCCUCGACGCCAGCCACCGAGACCUGCGCCGUGCUCGGGCUGCCGCUCUCAAUAUCGUGCCCACGUCCACAGGGGCGGCCAAAGCAGUCUCGCUCGUGCUCCCGCAGCUCAAAGGGAAGCUCAACGGGAUUGCACUCCGCGUCCCGACACCCAACGUCUCCGUGGUCGACCUCGUAGUCCAGGUUCAGAACAAGACCUUUGCCGAGGAGGUCAAUGCUGCCUUUCGCGAGGCUGCCGAAAAGGAGCUCGCUGGAAUCCUGUCGGUGUGUGACGAGCCCCUCGUCUCUGUCGACUUUCGCUGCAGCGACGUGUCGUCCACGGUUGACUCUUCGUUGACCAUGGUCAUGGGGGAUGACAUGGUCAAGGUCAUUGCCUGGUAUGAUAACGAGUGGGGAUACUCACAGAGGGUGGUUGAUCUUGCCCACAUUGUUGCCAACAAUUGGAAAUGAGGAUUAUGAGAGGAUGUGCUCGCCUGCCUUUUUUUAUUUUCUUAUUUAUUUUUCCUUUCUUCUUUGCUUAGACCAUGGGGAAUUUGUAAUCACCACUAAAACCACUUGUCUCCUUUUGCUCAUCUUUAUCUGCACACGUGUCUAUUAAUCUUUUUAUUAUUAUUAUAAAAUUUUAUUUUUUGGUUUUUUUCUACUAAAUUGCUAAUCCAUAAUUUUAUCUGCACACACCAUGGUUUUUUUUUUCAUAUGCACCUGUCAAAGAUGUUAAAUGAGUAAUUUUUAUAAUGAUUGUCC